GCAGAAGAAGAAGUCAACCCGGAAGUGCGGCUCCCAAACAGAUUCCCGUUGGAACCGUGAAACACAGCCGAUCUAAUUUCUUUCUUUAAAUCUCGUCAAGCGUCGGAUUUCCCGCUGAGACGAUGGGCACCAGAGACGACGAGUACGACUACCUGUUCAAAGUGGUCCUCAUCGGGGACUCGGGCGUGGGCAAGAGCAACCUGCUGUCCCGCUUCACGCGUAACGAGUUCAACCUGGAGAGCAAGAGCACCAUCGGGGUGGAGUUCGCCACGCGCAGCAUCCAGGUGGACGGCAAGACGGUGAAGGCCCAGAUCUGGGACACGGCGGGCCAGGAGCGCUACCGGGCCAUCACCUCGGCGUACUACCGCGGGGCGGUGGGCGCGCUCCUCGUCUACGACAUCGCGAAGCACCUGACGUACGAGAACGUGGCGCGCUGGCUGAAGGAGCUGCGGGACCACGCCGACAGCAACAUCGUCAUCAUGCUGGUGGGCAACAAGAGCGACCUGCGCCACCUGCGGGCCGUGCCCACCGACGAGGCCAGGGCCUUCGCCGAGAAGAACGGUUUGUCUUUUCUGGAGACGUCGGCGCUGGACUCCACCAACGUGGAGACGGCCUUCCAGACCAUCCUGACCGAGAUCUACCGCAUCGUGUCCCAGAAGCAGAUGUCGGAGCGCCAGGAGAGCGACAUGUCUCCUAGCAACAACGUGGUGAACAUCCAGGUUCAGCCCACCGAGAACAAACCAAAGAUGCAAUGCUGUCAGAACAUCUAGCCCCGCCCCCUCCCCCUCCCCCACAGCUCAAACCCCGCCCCUCAGAAAACAGACUGAGCCGGACUCUGAACCCCCUCCCAGGUAAAUAUCCCCAGUAUAAGAAGCCACCGCGUGGGCCCCCCCCCCCCAAGCAGACCCCUCUAGACUCACAACACGUCUUAUGAAUGUGAUUUUGUUUCUUCUUCAUUCUUUUGUGCUGAUUUCUCCACAUUUUUAUGAUCUCUCGUUUCAUGACGUCGACUUUGAGGUCGACGUGAAUUUAAAGCACAUCAAAGUUGCUCUGAAGUGUAUCCCCCAUUUAUAUAUAACACGCUCUGUCAUGUUAGGCUCCUCCCCCUCUCGACCCCCUCUUUAGUGCAACGUACUGUUUCGGAAAUUAAAAACCUCGUGGAUCGCCGAUCCGACCGCUGUGAA